AUGGAGUCUUACGCGGUGCAUUUGGCCAUGGCGGCUCUGGUAGGGGCUUCGCUGGUCGCGGUCUCGGCUUACUAUAUGCACCGGAAAACCCUAACUCAGCUGCUGGAGUUCGCGAAGACGGUGGAGAGGGAGCGGGACGAGAACUCCGACGGCGGCGACGCCGACUCGCCGCAGCAGAUGAGGAAGCGUAGGGGACAACGGCGCAAGGGCGGCGGUUAUUACCGGCGCGGCUCGGGGUCGUUGCCGGACGUUACGGCGAUUUCCGGCGGGGUUGACGGUAACGGAAUGGUGGACGGUAUUCCGGCUGGGUUGCCGAGGCUGCACACGCUUCCGGAAGGAAAAUCUGCUGACCAUGUGGGUUCAACUAAGAGGACUGCUAUCCGAGCUGUUUCUCCAAAGUCUCCAGUUGCAAGUGCUAGUGCCUUUGAGAGUGUUGAAGGUUCAGAUGAUGAAGAUAAUUUGACUGACAAUGCCAAAGUAUAUCAUGCUAAUGGCAAUGCGGGGCCUGAUUUACCAAACCAUGUUACUACCAAUGGAGAGCAAAUUGCUAUAGCUGCUUCAAGUAUGAUUAGGUCACAUUCUGUAUCUGGUGAUCUGCAUGGUGUCCAGCCUGAUCCAAUUGCAGCUGACAUUCUAAGGAAAGAGCCUGAGCAAGAAACUUUUGCGCGACUUCAAAUUACUCCCACUGAAUUACCAUCAUCUGAUGAAGUAGAGGUCUAUGUGGUUCUUCAAGAAUGUCUUGAACUGCGAAAGAGAUAUUUAUUCAGUGAGGCAGUUGCUCCGUGGGAGAGAGAAGUUAUAUCUGAUCCCAGUACCCCAAAGCCUAACCCAGAACCAUUUUUCUACACUUCUGAGGGAAAGUCUGAUCAUCAUUUUGAGAUGCAAGAUGGAGUAAUUCACGUGUAUCCAAAUAAAGAUUCAAAAGAAGAGCUUUAUCCUGUUGCUGAUGCAACUACCUUUUUCACUGACCUUCAUCACAUACUUCGAGUUAUAGCAGCAGGGAAUAUAAGAACUUUAUGCCAUCAUCGGUUGAAUCUUCUGGAACAAAAAUUCAAUCUUCACUUAAUGCUUAAUGCGGAUAAGGAAUUUCUGGCCCAAAAAAGUGCCCCACAUCGUGAUUUUUAUAAUGUUAGGAAAGUUGAUACCCAUGUUCAUCACUCGGCAUGCAUGAACCAGAAGCAUCUUUUGAGGUUUAUAAAGUCAAAGUUGAGGAAGGAGCCUGACGAGGUUGUAAUAUUUCGAGAUGGAACCUAUUUGACCUUAAGAGAAGUUUUUGAGAGUCUGGAUUUGAAUGGGUAUGACCUGAAUGUGGACCUUUUGGAUGUUCAUGCAGAUAAAAGCACAUUUCAUCGUUUUGAUAAGUUCAAUCUGAAGUACAACCCCUGUGGUCAAAGUAGGCUCAGGGAGAUUUUCCUUAAGCAGGAUAAUCUUAUCCAAGGCCGUUUCCUUGCUGAGCUGACAAAGCAAGUGUUCUCUGAUCUUUCUGCCAGUAAAUAUCAGAUGGCUGAGUACAGAAUAUCAAUAUAUGGCAGGAAGCAAAGUGAGUGGGACCAAAUGGCUAGUUGGAUAGUGAACAAUGAAUUGUACAGUGAGAAUGUUGUAUGGUUGAUACAGCUGCCACGGCUGUACAAUAUAUACAAGGAAAUGGGGAUAGUCACAUCAUUUCAGAAUAUUCUUGACAAUAUAUUCAUACCACUGUUUGAGGUUACCGUAGAUCCAGAUUCCCACCCGCAGUUGCAUGUUUUUCUGAAACAGGUUGUUGGGUUGGAUUUGGUUGAUGAUGAAAGCAAACCUGAAAGACGGCCCACAAAACACAUGCCAACUCCAGCACAAUGGACAAAUGUUUUCAAUCCUGCAUUUUCAUACUACGUGUACUAUUGUUAUGCUAAUCUCUACACAUUAAACAAGCUUCGCGAAUCGAAGGGCAUGACAACCAUCAAAUUCCGUCCACAUUCUGGGGAGGCUGGGGACAUUGACCACCUUGCUGCAACGUUUCUUACUGCAACUAACAUUGCACACGGAAUCAAUUUGAGAAAGUCUCCUGUGCUUCAAUAUCUGUAUUAUCUAGCUCAGAUUGGUCUGGCUAUGUCACCCCUGAGUAACAAUUCACUGUUCUUGGACUACCAUCGCAACCCUUUUCCUGUAUUUUUCUUACGGGGUCUUAACGUGUCUCUCUCUACUGAUGAUCCUCUUCAAAUCCACUUAACGAAAGAACCCUUGGUAGAAGAAUAUAGUAUAGCUGCUUCUGUAUGGAAAUUGAGUUCAUGCGAUCUAUGUGAAAUUGCCCGUAAUUCAGUUUACCAGUCAGGUUUCUCACAUGCGUUGAAGUCACACUGGAUUGGGAGAGAGUACUACAAGAGAGGUCCAGAUGGAAAUGAUAUCCACAAAACAAAUGUUCCCCAUAUCCGGGUGGAAUUCCGUGAAACGAUCUGGAGGGAGGAGAUGAAACAAGUUUAUCUUGGCAAGGCUAGAAUCCCCAGAGAAGUUGACAGAUAAGGAGGUCCCAAGGGGUGUGAAACGUUGAUACUGCACCGGAAUAGUUACUGUAGAUGUAAAAUUCUAAUCAUUGGGAUAUUGUAUUUUCUACUUGAAAGUUUCGCAAACUUGAAAUGAAUUGCAUCCUUCACUCUUUAUAGGUGAGGAAUUUUCUGCUCAUGCCUAUACAUCCAUGCAAGCUGAGAAUUGGCUUGGCAAAAGGCGGAGUCUAAGAAUGAGAGGCGCGUGUAUGAUACUGCAUGUCAAGAUUACGAACUCUGCACUGUCUCGGACAGUGUCAAGAUCACAAAUAGGGUCAAGACGCCGAUAGGCUUCAAAAAAUUAGUAGUGGUUUUACAUGUAGUGUUAGUUCAAAUUUUAGACUACUGUACGUCUGUACA